UUCCCGCCAUCAUAUUAUCAGUUCUCCCCCUUGCAGACACUCCUUGAUUGAUCAACAUGAGACCUGUAUCUCCUAACAUCCACUUUAGAUUCUCAUUUCCCUCCGUCUGUUUCACUCUCGCUCUUUUUCUCCGUCUAGGUGUACGCUCAGGACGAUUCGAAGAAAAAAAGGAGAAAACGGUUGUUCUUACGUCAUUCAAUUGAAGGAGAUUCUGAAUAGAUGUUUGUCUCAAAUCGAGAACAGACAUUAACAAAAUGGUGCGGGAUCUGUGUGGUUUGUGGUCAAACCAGGCGCAGCAGCAACCACCCAGAUUUCUCAAGUGGAGGACCUCCGAUGCGUUCAUCUGCUUCGUGGUUUGCUUCGCCGUCUUCACGGAUGUCUUCAUGUAUGGGUUGAUUGUGCCCGUGGCCCCAACGGCCCUGCGUGAUAGAGUUGGGAUGUCCGACGCCGAUGUUCAAUCGUGGCAAUCGACCUUGCUGUCUCUUUACGGAGUAUCUUUGUUAGCAGUUUCACCCAUCUGUGGGUACCUGGCCGAUAAAUUCCAGUCGCGAUGGUGGCCCUUUAUUGGGGGACUGGUGGUUCUCGCCGCCGCCACUGCUCUUCUUUGCGUCGGGACGAAUCUUGCUUUAUGGAUUGUCGGGCGUCUCUUUCAAGGAGCAUCUGCCGCGGUUGUGUGGACUGUGGGAAUUGCGCUUCUCGUUGAUACAGUCGGGCAGGAAUAUCUGGGCCAAGCGUUGGGAUAUCUGGGAAUGGCGAUGACCAUAGGAACAAUGACCGGCCCGCUCCUGGGAGGAGUCGUCUACGGUGCCGGGGGCUACUAUGCUGUUUUCGGGAUGUCGUUUGGCAUAAUCGCAUUGGAUGUCAUCUUUCGACUCGCCAUGAUCGAGAGGAAGGACGCACUCAAGUGGCUGCAGGCCGAUGGCCGACCGAUCGUCCCGGCAGAGAAGCAAGGAAGUGGCAGCGACUUGGAAACUGCUGUUUCACCGGCAGCCUCUGAGGGCCUGAAAGGUCCCCCGCACGACUGCCACGAGCAGGAGCGCUCCUCCUCCGCCUCGACCGACGUUGGUUCUGCGAAGAAACGGCCCAGCACCAUGCAUACACUCCUGACCUCGGGCCGCAUGAUGACGAGCAUGUGGGCGUAUUUCAUCCUCUCCCUCGCCCUGACGUCCUUCGACAGCGUGCUGCCGCUGUUUGUCGAGCAGAAGUUCGGCUGGGGCCAAACCGGCCAAGGGCUCAUCUUCAUCGCGAUCUCCGUGCCGCAGAUCCUCGACCCCGUGGUGGGGUACAUCAUCGACAACUACGGCCAGACUCGACGGUACAUGGCGACUGGGGGGUUUCUUGUGGCGGUGCCGGCUUUGGCCUGUCUUCGCUUUGUGACCGAGAACACGGUGGGCCACAAAGUGCUCUUGUGUGCGCUUCUUGUCCUGAUCGGGGUCUGCGUGUGUCUGAUCAUGUCCCCGGUUCUGGUGGAGGCGACCUACUACGUGCAGGGCCGGGAGGCGGAAACGCCCGGGAUUUUCGGGGAGGGAGGGGCCAUUGCGUUUGCGUACGGGGUCAUCAACAUGGCGUACGCGGUGGGGACGAUCAUCGGGCCCUUUUUCGCGGGCUUCAUCAAGAACGAUGCCGGUUGGAGCACGAUGAGUUGGGCGUUGGCGUUGAUGUCCGGGGUGACUGGCAUUCCUACCUAUAUUUGCCUGCGGGGCACAGUGCGCGACGGGGCUUCUUCCAAGGUCGAGUCGCCCUGAUCCAGAGGGCAAUGGUGAUUUCGUGCAGUGGUGGGAAGAAAAUGUGAUAUUUUGGGCGGUGUUUUGGGAGUUGAUGCCUUAUAUGACUAUAUACGAAUCAGCUAGAUUGGCUUGACUAAACUUGAUAUAAUGAUAACUACUCACAGUGA